AUGAACACUCAAGUUCAACAAGUCCUGAAUAUAUUGCAAAAUGAUAAUGCAUCUUAUAAACAGGCUAUAACCAUAACUAAUCAAUUGGUGGUCAAAUUUCCCUCAGUAACUUUAUACAAGGUGUUAAAUCAAUAUAGUAAAUAUAAACAAUCCCCAAAUAAAUAUUUGGCACCAUCCUCCAAAAAUAUUGAUGCUUUAAGACAACUAAUUGAUAAGACUGUUCCUAAUGAUUCUUUAUCGUUGGAAUGGUUGUACAAAUUAUUAACUGAACUAUGGAAUUUUGACGAAAGUUUAAAAAUCUACGAUAAUGCGAUGUUUAAAUAUAGAAAUUACCAAACCAGUUAUGAUUGGUUUUUAAAAUCUUUGAAAGUAGGGGAUCUAUUAAACUGUUAUAAAUCGACCAAACUAAUGUUUAAUUUUGUGGGAAACCGUGAUAAUGAUACGAGCGAAUUCCGUAGGUUAUGUUUUUGGAAUGCUGUUUUUGCGAUCAUGCAUUAUAAAAACGUCUCAAAAUUCGGUGAUAGCACCGCUAAAUUGGAGAAACUUAAAGUGGAUCUUUUACAAAACGAGGUUUUAAUCCGUUUGGAAUCUAAAAAGCCAUUUGUUAAUGAUCAAGAGCGUAUUGUUUAUUGCCAACUUUGUGAAAUUUUAGGGCAAGAAGUUACCAUUGUUGAUGAAUUGUAUCCAUUAUUAGUGAAACAAAACGGCAACCUAGACUUGUAUUUAAAAAAUAUAAUUAUUAACUGCAAUACGGAUUUAAGCAAAGCCUGGGAAAUCUGUACCAAAUUAUUAGAAAAUUUAAAUGAUUACUUAAUUUUGCAAAAGCUUAUAGAUGUAGGUUAUAAAAUGGGCAAACAAAAGCAAGACGUUUUGGAUCAUUUAAACAGUUAUGAAAGUUUUAACAAGAGCCGUAACUUUAUGUUAAUUAAAUUUGAGUUAGAUAGAUUAUACUCAGUUGGUGAGGGAAGUAUUGUGACUGCUGAGCAUCUAGAAGAGUAUGUUUUGUCAUAUUAUAACAAGCCAUGUUUUUGUAUUGAUUUACAAAAUAUAUACCGUGAUGCUUCCCCAGCUAUUAGCUCAGAAGUUUUAAUUGGCAAAAUUACAAAGAUAGUUGGUGAUAAGGGCAUUUCUUCUGAUAUUUAUCAAUAUAACUUAUACGAGUUGGAUAGCAAAACUUAUAACCAAAAAUUGUUGAGUAAUUAUCCAGAAUAUGUAGUUGCUAAAGUUAGACGUAAAAUUAUGGAAGCGUCUUCUGACAUUUCUUUGGAUACACGUAUAGUUUUAGAGUGUUGUUAUAUGUUGGAACAGCAAAUUAAAGUUACGCCAAACGAAUAUGAAUUGCAUUUGUGGUUGUGUGCGUUGUACUCCCAAAUGGGAUUUUCCAAUGUGGCACAAGAUCAUUAUUAUCGCUGUUUAAAAAUUAAAAACAUUCAAGUUGAUAUUUUGGAUCAUAUAUUGCACAGUAGAUAUUCCACUAUAACCGCGGUAAAGACAAAUGUUAGUACUGGCAUGGAUAAUGUUUACACGAGUAUGGAAAGAUUACCUAGAUUUAUCGAAGUUGGUUUGGAAAGGGAGAGCUACAGCAAAAUUAAUGGUAUGUAUGAAUUAUAUGCUAGGUUGCAGUUAAGUUUCACCCGGUUGUACAAAUUAGUUGACCAGUUGAUUAUUUCAAGAACUUUUAAUGAUCCUAAAUUAAGAAAGGAAUUAAGUGGCAAAUUAUUGGCCUUGUUAGAAUUUAAUUAUCAUUACAAGUGUACCGUGGGAGAAAACCAUAGAUUAAGAUUAUCCGAUAAUAGAGAUCUAAAAAUUUUUGGAUGUGAUAACGUUACUAAAAUCUGGUUGAGUUCUAAUUCGUACAUGAAUAUUAAUGAGACUUGGCUAUUUUCCAUGAUUGUUAAAGAACUAAUGAUUCAAGAUUUUGCAGAAAAUUCCAACAGCAAUUUGAAAUAUAUUGAAUACUUUGUUAAGAAUUGCGAUGUUGAUACCGCAUUCACCAAAGUGGAGGAUUGGUCGUUUAACAUAAUCAAAAAAUUAUAUAAAGGUGAGUGUGCUGAUAACGUAUUGGGUCUAUUGGAAGAGUAUGAGGGGUUUUUCGUGGACAAAUAUGGCAAUAACUACGGUUGGUUGAUUCCACAUACUUAUGGUGUGGUUAUGAAUUUGUUUAAAACUUUGGAUGGUAUCAAAAGAGUUGGUAGUUUAGUGGCUGCUAACAAUUUUAGUCUUAGAAAGUAUAUUAAGGAACAAUUGAAUAAAUUAAGGACUAAAUAUUGUCCAACUAUUUUCCAGGAUCAUUAUAAAUCCAAUAUUGAAAAAAUUUUGUCAGGUGCUGAUGGUGCCAUUGUAGGAUUUGAUGAUGAGUUUAAAUCGAUGAUAUUAGAUAAUAUAAAUAAAAUGUACAAGAACCAUAAAAAUUUGUAA